CUCGAGCGAUGCCAAGGGCAAGCAGCCGUGAUGAAUGGAAAUCAAUGGGAAUCAAGCUAUUUUCGGAAGAGAAGUAUGAGAUGGCAAUGAAAUGCUUUGGAAGAGCUGGAGAACAAAUAUGGGAGAAAUGGGCCAAGGCUGCUCACCUUCGAGCAGCUUCAAGCCAAAUGUCUGGUUCGAAUCCCAAAUCUGCACGAAAAAUGCUUAGAGAGGCAGCAGAGAUGUUUCAUUGUAUUGGCAAAGCUGAUUCUGCAGCUGAAUGUUUUUGCGAUUUGAAUGAAUAUCAAAGUGCAGGUUUGUUAUGGCUGCAAAGCCUCCAUUAGCAGUGUUAAAAUAUUAUAAAUUGCAUUAUUAAG